UUGAACAAACAUUUGUCGUCUGGUACGUCUAACCUUGGUCGCCAAUGUGGCUAAAGACAUUUCAAAUGAGAUUAUUUGUGAGGCAAUCAUGAUAUAAGAUAGAAUAAUCGUUUGAGGGACUUUUGAGAGACAUUUGUGUUCCUCGCACUUUGAGAGUAACGAAGUCAUUCUGUUAUCUACACUUUUAACAGUCAUUUAUUUAUCCAGUUGUCUCGUCGAUACGAAUAGCCGGCGCGAUAUAAUGCGAGUGCCGACUAGUAUUGUUAUUUUUACCUUUUCAAUAAUAUUAUCAAUUUGCAUGAACAGCAUUCAGUGUAAGAAAGGGAAAGAAGACAAGGAAGAAGUGAAAUCUCAAACGUUUCCACCUUGCGCAGCAUGUAGGGUACUUACCAACAGUUUCAAAAAGGGUUUAGAAAAAACGAGUCGUGGAAAGUUCGAAGGUGGCGAUAGCGCUUGGGAAGAAGAUAAACUGGGUUCAUACUCCAAAAGCGAGAUACGCUUGAUCGAGAUACAGGAGAACUUGUGCAAAGAAGUUGAGCACGGUGAAACGCAAUGUCAUUCCUUAGCUGAAGAAUUGGAGGCGCCAAUAGAAGAAUGGUGGUUUAAAUAUCAAGACAUUUAUCCAGAUAUAUACGAUUAUAUCUGCAUAGAAAGAACGAAACACUGCUGUCCGAAGGAGCAUUAUGGCUCAGAUUGCAUGCCAUGUCCAGGGUAUCCGGAUAAUGUCUGCAGCAACAACGGCAAAUGCAAAGGAGCUGGCACGAGAAAGGGCAACGGCAGUUGCCUCUGCGACAAAGGAUACGUCGGCGAUAUCUGCUCGCAGUGUGCUCCGGGAUACUAUGAGUCUUACAAGAACGAGAAUACCCUGCUGUGUUCUGCAUGCCACAUGGCCUGUGAGGGACCUUGCAAAGACGCCGGGCCAAGCAAUUGCGAGAAGUGUGCGACUGGAUGGUACAUGGUUGAAGGCCAAGGUUGCUUCGACAUCGAUGAGUGUUUGAAGAGCGACAAUGUCUGUGCUAGCAAUCAGUUUUGUGUUAAUAAAGAGGGAAGCUACACUUGUUUAGCUUGUGAUAAGGCUUGCGAUGGUUGUAAUGGUGAUGGGCCGGACAUGUGUACUAAAUGUAUUGAGGGAUAUACUGAAAAGGAUAACUUAUGCAUAAAUACAGAUCUUUUUGGUCGCAAGAAACAGGAAAAUUUGGCACGAUAUAUGACGUACGUGGGACUCUGCGUGGCGACCUGUAUCAUUUUACAGCGCAAUAUUUACGCAGCAAGUGUUAUUGGCUUAUUAGUCGCGUUAUAUAUAUCCAUUUCGGAGUAUAUGAUCGCGAAUAGCAACGUCCAGGAUACUACAGCAAAUAUGGACAUUUUAAAAGCAGUUUAAGUAAAAAUCUACAACAAUUUAGAUAAUUCGCCUCGAAUUCAUUACAGUUUUGUGUUGUGUUUAUGAGGCAUUAGUGCCAAUUGUAUAAAAUAGGUCAUAUUGAAAUUAAUAUGAAAUUAAUAUCAUGAUAUCAUGAAAUUCAAGAAAAUGCAGAAAUUUUAUUUAUUUUCGUGUUGAUAAUGUCGUUUAUCAACAUAUAAGUAAAAUUUAUAUAAAUAAAAAUUUUAUUAAUAUAUUAAUAUAUUUAUGUCUUCAUAUGUUUACGUGCAGUUUUUUUUAUUUUUAUGCUUGAUAUAUUUGCACAAUUAUUUGAUAUUUAUGUACUGAAAUAUUUAAAAAAUGUAGGCAGUUUUUUCUAAUAUUUCUUAUUUGCCGAAUGUACUACAAAGUCAGUUUCACAUAUAUUCCUAUUAUUUCUGUAUGAUACAUGACAGUAAAUAUUAAUCUAAAACAUAUGAAUGAAAUGAUAAGAAAAAUAUAUUAUAAAUUUGAAAUAAGUGCAUUUAUUGAAAUACAUAUAACAUAUAUUACCUAAACAUUUUUAUAUUUUUAGAAGCAACUUUCUAACAAGUAUGUGUAUAAUGUUUUUAUAAAAACACUAUAAUAUGAGAUUAGUUUCAACAAAAAAUAUGGAAAUGUAUGAAUAAUAAAUAUUCAACACAAAUUUA